AGUCAGGGUGAGGCUGGGAGGAAGAGGAAGUGGCUACAAGUGUGGUGAGAGCUUCAGUCAUUCAUCGAGCCUCAGACAUUCAUUGAGCCUCAAGAACUACUGACUCAUUCCAACAGGUGAGAGAGUGUUAAAGUGUGAGGUUUACCUACCGCAGGAUCAUCUAUUAUAAGACUGUUAACACAAGAAUAGCUACAUGGAAGAGAAACCAUUUAAUUUUGAGGUCUGCAAUCCAGCCUUUACACAGACGUUAACACUAGUGAAUCACUGGUGGAACUACAUUGGCAAAAAGCCAUUUAAGUGUGAGCUUUGCAAUAAGUGCUUUGCCCAGUCAUCAGGCCUGAGUUAUCACCGGCAUGUUCAUACUGGAGAGAAACCAUUCACAUGUGAAAUGUGUAAUAAGUCAUUUCCAUCAUCUUCGACUCUCCGCCGACACCAACGCAUUCACACAGGGGAGAAACCUUUCUCAUGUGGGAUGUGUAACAAAUCAUUCUCAAGAUCAUCACACUUAAGCACACACCAGCGCAUUCACACAGGAGAGAAACCAUUCAUUUGUGAGGUGUGUGACAAAUCGUUCUCUCAGUUAGGGAUCCUGCAGACACACCAACGCAUUCACACAGGGAGAAAACCAUUCACCUGUAAGGAGUGUGACAAAUCAUUCUCAGUGUCAUCACACCUCCAUGUACACCAACGUAUUCACACAGGGGAGAAACCGUUCACAUGUAAGGAGUGUGACAAAUCAUUUUCACAAUUAUCGCACCUCAGCAUGCAUCAACGGACUCACACGGGGGAGAAACCAUUCAAGUGUGAGGUAUGUGACAAAUUGUUCUCGCUGUCGUCAUCUCUCCGUACACACCAACGCAUUCACACCAAGGAGAAGCCAUUCAAAUGUGAGAUGUGUGCAAAAUCAUUCUCAGAAGCAGGGAACCUCCGCAUGCACAAACGUAUCCACACAGGGGAGAAACCUUUCCAAUGUGAGGAGUGUGACAAAGCAUUCUCACAGUCAUCGAGACUCCUGCGGCAUCAGAGGAUCCAUACAGGGGAAAAAUCAUUUGUAUGCGAGGAAUGUGACAAAUCAUUCUCCGACUUAGCAGGUCUUCGCGUACACCGACGCAUUCACACCAGUGAGAAACCAUUCACUUGUGAGGUAUGUGAGAAAUCAUUCUCACAGUCAUCGCACCUCCGUAAACAUGAACGCAUUCACACUGGAGAGAAACCUUCCAAGUGUGAGGUGUGUGACAAAUCAUUCUCGGACUUAGCUGCCCUCCACGUACACAGACGCAUUCACACAGGCGAGAAACCAUUCACAUGCGAGGUGUGUGACAAAUCAUUCUCUCAGUCAUCGAGCCUCAAUGUACACCAACGCAUUCACACAGGGGAGAAACCGUUCAAGUGUGACAUGUGUGACAAAUCAUUCCGGGUUUCAUCGAAACUUCUGCGCCAUCUAAGGAUCCACACAGGAGAUUAACCAUGCACUCUCUUGUGGUUUAUGAUAAAGGAAUUGUGACAUGUUUAAGCCCCCCCCCAGUCACCACUGGAUUCACCCCGAUUAGAAAUUGAUCCUGGCACCUCAAUGCAUUCACACUGGAAAGAAACACUAUCCAUAUAUGUUCAACACUGAUACCUUCACACAGUUGUGAGAAGUCUCAGAACAUCAACAAAUUGAAAACAUAUGAACCUGUACACAGUCUCACUGUGCAGGAUGUUCAGUGGGACUGGGACACAGAACAAGAAGCAGCUUUCACUCCCAUCAAACAACUAGUGAUGACAUCACCAGUGCUGAGGGAUUAUGAUGUAACAAUGGAGUCACCCUGCAGUGUGAUGUCAGUGAAACAGGACUUGGAGUAACCCCCAGGCA